AUGAUGAGUCCAUCGCAAUUACCGCCUCGAAGUCCAACCAAGAUAGCCGAGUAUCAGAAAAAAGUGAAAGAAAUAAAGAAAAAAGCGCAAAUCAAGAUGGAUCCAAACCUUAUGAGUGCUUGCGUCUGCACUCGCUAUGGCAAACUCAGAGAAGUUGAUGUCAUACAUACCUCCAGCAACAGUUCCACUGCUACCCCAAGUAGCAAAAUUUCUAACACCAACAGUAUGGUUUCUACAUCUAGCAACUCCACGAAUGCCACCCCGAUUUUCGAGAUUCAGGAUGACAUUCCCAGGCCAAAAAUUGAAGAUCCCCAUCAUGUCUUGAUUCGUAACUUUAGGACCACCAUCAAUCCAGUCGAUUGCAAAACGCGAGCAGGAAAUUUGGAUUUGGUUACGGGGCAUAGCAAACAGAAGAAUACAAAGAGAAAGCCAACAAAAAGUAGCGGUAAGGAGGACAUGGCUGAAAAUGAUUAUGACGAGGAUGACGAACGUGCCAACUUUCCACUCUUGAUUCUUGGACAAGAUUUUGCUGGUAUUGUCGAUGCCGUGGGCGACGAAGUGAAAUCGUUCAAGGCCGGGGAUAUGGUGUAUGGCUCAACAGCCCCGCGAAGUUCCUGUUCGGCCGAAUAUGUGUGUGCCUUUGAUUACGAAUGUGCCCUGAAACCAGAUCAGAUCACGUGGGAUGAGGCAGCCGCUACUCCCACUGCCUUUUGUACAGCAUGGAAGGGGCUCUUUGAUCCACAACUUGGUAAUCUGACGAUAUACCCAAUUGACAAAGAUGAUGGGACAGCCGAAAAUAAAGAGGAAGAAGAAACUUUGCCGCCUACAUACGUGGUGGACAAAGAUGACGAGGACGAGCGUCCUCCAAGGGUACUGGUCAUUGGUGCAGCAGGUUCGGUGGGAGCUGCCGCUGUCCAGCUGGCCAAACAAAUUGGCAAAGCUGAAGUUGCUGCCAUUUGUGGCAGCAGGAACAUGGAUUAUGUAAAAUCUUUGGGCGCCUCUCCCGUCUUUGAUUAUGCCAAUGCCGGAUAUGAGAUCUACUAUACGGAUCAUGAAAACGAACGCUUUGAUAUUAUUUUCGACUGCGUCGGCGGAGACUCGUAUUACUACAAAUUGCACCAGUUUCUGAACAAGAAAGAUUUGCCCAAACAUCAAAAGGCCGCCUCCACAGCUGCAGUUGUGUGUAACCGAACCAAUCCUUCCAUUUAUGUCACGUGUGUCGGGCCAGUCAUGCACGGCGGAUCCGAAAAGGUUACCUUUGGACGUAUCGCCCAAACGGCACAGACACUGGUGCCACGCUUUGUGGGGAACUACAUGUUGCCAGGACGAUGGAAUUCACGGUAUGCCAUGUUCUUAUCCUUCACAACGCAAAAUGGUGUCCUGGAUCAAAUCACAAAGGCCUUGGCCACCCGCAAGAUUCUACCAAGAAUUGAUCCCAUCUCGCCCCUUCCUAUGGAGCAACUAGGUAGGGGGCAUUAUCAAGUCGAACGAGGACAUUCGAAUGGCAAGGUUGUCAUUGCAGUACAGGACAAAUGA